AUGAUGAUGCCCUGGUUGCUGCUGCUGCUUCUCCUGGUCAGCUUAGGCUCUCCUGCACCCAGGCUUCUGGAGAAGGAUAUCUGCCUCCUAGAUAACAACAAAUUAAGACAAAGGUUAAAACAGCUUCAGGAUUUGCUUUACUUAUAUGAACUACAACUGAAGGACAUCUUCGAGAACACUUACCAUAGAGCAAAGAGCGAGCUGUUCUCAGGCAACAGGAGCAUGCAGCAUGAGGUGCUUUUACCCACAACCAGUGGAAAUUUGAUAGUCUAUGACCCAGAUUGCUCCGCCGUGUUUGAUAGGAAGAAGACCCAGAAUGGAUACUACAGGAUCAGGCCGAGGGCAGACAGAGAGCCUUUCCUGGUGUACUGUGACAUGUCCGACGGGGGCGGCUGGACUGUAAUUCAGCGGCGGACUCAUGGCAAGGAGAAUUUCAACAGGAAAUGGGAUGACUACAAAGUGGGAUUUGGAAAAUUCCAGGGGAAGAAUGAUGAAUACUGGCUGGGCAAUGAGCACAUCUAUGACCUGCUUGCUCAAGGGGAGACCUCAUUAAAGAUCGACCUGAUGGACUGGCAUGGAGAAAGGCGUUAUGCAAUCUACGAAAAAUUCCAGCUCACGAAUGAGCAGGACAAUUACAGGUUAUGGUUUGGCACCUAUUCUGGUAAUGCUGGAGAUGCUCUGUCUGGGGGCAGCAAUUUUGAAGAGCAGUGGUCGGCCUCGCACAGAGGGAUGCAGUUCACCACAUCUGACAAGGAUCAUGAUCAAUUCCUGGCAGGCAACUGUGCACUGGAGAACAAGGGUGGCUGGUGGUUUAACAGGUGCCACGCUGUAAACCUCAAUGGACGAUACUACAAAGCAGGAAGCUACAGCGGCUCCCACGAUGACGGCGUUAUUUGGUCUACCUGGCGAGGGAUGUGGUACUCCCUAAAAUACACGGCCAUGAAAAUCAGGGCUCCGUUCUUUGUUGACAGGGAGAGUGGGGAUGGUGAGAACAGUCAGGAUAGCUGAAAUCUGCUGCUUU